GCUAAAUUACAUGUGCAUGAACAGUCAGUCACUCGGAGGCGGCAUUUCCGAGUGCGCUUGGAUUACAGGGGAUCAUUUGGAAACGUGUGUUAAUUAUCGCGUGCUUCCAAACUAAACCAAAUACAGUGCAGUACUGAAGGACUCGUCAAACUCAGUGGUGUCGUGAACAUUAGUAGGGAUAGUCUGAUCGGCGGGAAUGGCUUCGUCUCCGUGCGGUGGCGGUGGGAACUUUGAUUGUGGGCUGGAGAUCCAAACUCGCUCGGUGGAGCAAACACUCAUCCCGCUCGUGUCUCAGAUUACAACACUAAUCAAUCACAAAGACAAGCUUAAGAAGACAGAGAAGACCUUACGGGCUAUCCAGAGAGUGGGCCAGGCAGUCAGUGUCGCAGUUGGCCGCUUUGUGGCCGUGGGUGAGGCCAUUGCAGCAGAGAAUGAAGACCUAAAGGAUGAAAUGGGGUUGGCUUGCUUUGAGGCCCGGAGAGCAGGCACUGCCAUAGCUCAGCUGACUGACGUGUCCGGUGUGGAGCAGUGUGAGGGUGACGGGCGCAGCACUGUGUUUAGUGAUAGGACGGGCAUGGUGAAAGCUGCUCGCAUGCUGCUCUCUUCUGUUACCAAAGUCCUGGUGCUCGCAGAUUGCAUUGUUAUCAAACAGAUCAUAAGCUCUCGCAACAAAGUGAUGGUUACUCUGGAGCAGCUGGAGAGAGUCAGCACUUUUCAGGAAUUUGUCCAAAUCUUCAGCCAUUUCGGGAACGAGAUGGUAGAUUUUGCCCAUCUCACAGGAGACAGACAGAAUGAUCUGAAGGAUGAGAAGAAAAGAGCUCGAAUGGCAGCAGCUCGUGCUGUUCUGGAGAAAUGCACCAUGAUGCUCCUCACAGCCUCUAAGACUUGUCUGAGACAUCCAGACUGCGAGUCGGCAAGGAUCAACAAAGAAGCAGUGUUCCAGCGUAUGCGCCUGGCCCUGGAGCAAGUCAUCAAAAUUGUGACUGACACAAGGAGCAGUGGCGAAACCAAAGCACUUCCUGUCAGCAUCUACGCUGGGAUUAAAGAUUUUAAGGUAAAAGUGGAGGCUCUGAGAGACUCUUUGUACUGUGUGUCCUGCGAAGCUGUGGCAGCUCAGCUGGAAUCUCUGAUGGAGAAGACUGAAGACUUCACGGACUCUGCCUACACCAGCCACGAGCAGAGAGAGACAAUCAUACAACUCUUCCAGAUCAUACGUCAUGAGACCCAACAGCUCAUCAACACAUGGAGACAGGCGCAGCAAACGCUUAAAGCCAAAGGGGCCACGGAAGCGAUGGAGCUCUCUAUUCUGAAGACUUCUCAGAUUGUCAGUGAUCUCAGGCGAGAGCUUCAUAAGGUAGCGGUGGGGAGGGCCACUGAAUUGCUGAAGCUGCAUUCAGAUCACCUGGUGCUGCAGGCUCUGAAGGCCUCUGGUGGGGAUGGAAACCUAGAGGCCGUGGCUGACUAUGCUGGCACACUCACCGAGCACAAAGAACAGCUGCUGGAGAAUUGUCGUUUGCUCUGUCAUAUUUCGGGGACAGAGCCUCUGGAGAUCACCUGUAUUCACGCUGAAGAAACCUUCCGCGUCAUUGGCCCACAGAUCAUCUCAGCGGCACAAACACUAGCUCUGCACCCGACCAGCAAGAUUGCCAAAGAGAACCUGGAUGUGUUUUGCGAGGCCUGGGAGUCUCAGCUGUGUGACAUGGCCAUUCUACUGAAGGAGAUCAAUGAUGUGUUUGAGGGACGCAGAAGUGAUAAGAAAACAUAUCUGUCGCUACCAAGACCAGGGAAACACUCUGUUAACCUGAAGGCAGUCAAGGCUACCAAGCUUGAUGCUGAGGAGCAAACCACCAUCGCUAAGCUGGGACUGGAACUGUGUUUACUCACAUCUGAUGUGGACUCAGAGGUGGAACGCUGGGAUGAGCAGGACCACGAGAUGGUUCGACUGUGCCAGAUCAUGUCCAGCAUGGCCUAUUCCAUGUACCUCUUCACCAGGGGGGAAGGCCUGCUCAAGACAACACUGGAUCUAUUCCACCAAGCUGAGGUGCUUUCAGACCAGGGUCUCCAUCUGUGCUCCAUCCUGCACACCCUUUCCACACAGGUGUUGGAUGAAGAUAGAAUGCUCAUCAUAUCUGAGACAGAGAAGCUGGCAGCCUCAUGUCAACAGCUGCAGGUCUGUGCCAAGUCUCCAGUUCAGGGAAAGAGCGCCAUCUUUCAGAAGGUUGACUCGUCUAUACAGAACACCAAAGGCAUCCUGACCGUGGUGGUCUACCUACUGCCGAUAUGUAAUAAGCUCAUCAGAAAGUGUAAAUCAGAACGCAGCUGCCUGAGUUCUCCUCAGCACUGGAGGGAGAAACAGCUGAGCACUCCCGUCAGCAAGGAAACUCUGAACGGCAAAGGCUCCAACGGCUUUGGGGUCAAAUCCCUGGAGCAGCACAUGGCCAAUCUAACGUUCCUGGAGAGCAAAUAGCUCUGAAAACCAAAGGCACUCUCGCCUGAUCACGCACACACAGUGCAUGGCAAUGCACUCGCUCACAAUGUGCCAUUCUUUGCGCUUCUGUCCAUUUGCUUUGUGGUGUACAGUAGCGUUAGCAUUACCAACCUCAUUCCAGCUACCAAAAAAUAUUGAAAAAAAAAAAAAAAAAAAAAACUUCCAUGUGAUCAAGUCAUUAUGCAACUGUUUCAAGUGUAAUGGCUGGUAACAAUAAGCUACAGUUUUAACUGGAUCGAUUUUUCACUAUGUUUCUUGUGAUUUGCCAACUUUGAGGUGUAAAUGAUGAGAACCUCAGAUCUUUUGAUGCAAAACACUCUGCACACUGUAUUUAAUGGGAUAGUCCACCCAAAAAUUACCAUUCUGUCAUCAUUUACUCACCCUCAUAUUGUUCCAAAACUGUAUGACUUUCUUCAGUGGAACACAAAAGAUGUUAGGCAGAAGUUGGCCUCAGUCACCAUUCACUUUCAUUGGAUGGAAAAAGUAACCUUCUGCCCAAUGUCUUUUUUUGUGUUCUGCAAAAUAAUGUCAUAUGAAUUUGGAAAAACAUGAGUGUGAGUAAAUGACAAAAUUGUAAUUUUUGGGUGAAUUACCCCUUUUGUAUAACUGCCUCAUGUACAAGUCGAUGCCAAAUAUAUCCACUGUUUAAAUCAUCUUCCUACACUGGUCUUGCCACAAGGCAGUCUGCUCAAGGCUGUAGGGAAGCAUUUCAGUAACUUUGGAUAUUACUUUGAGAAAUCAGCAUCUUAAUAUUCUGAGUGUUAUUCUGCUCGAGGGUUCAGAGCGAGGAAUACUUUCCAAAAGAGGCAUUUUUAAGGAUGUUAAUAAAGAAUCAGAUCCUUUAAAUGUGCUUUUGUAGGAAUGACAGACUUGUUAUAUGGACUGCCUUGUAGGUCACUGUGAUUUGUAUUUUUAAUGCAAACCUAACAAUGCAUGUUAAGCUUUCGUACAUUAACCUGAAAGGUUAGAAUGAAGACGGUAUAUAAAUCAGUAGGACUGUUGUGUAUUGAAGAGCAACUUCUUUUGCAUGGCACGUAUUACAAGGCUCGAUAGAAUUGGGUUCACUUUCACUCACAACAAUUCUAGUUGAUACUUUGCAAAAAUGUUCCUCUGAUUUAUACUACAGUCAACCAAUCCAUAAGCUUUAGAGAUUAAGCUUUAGAGAUGAUUAUGCAGCUAAGAACUUGAGUUGUAUUAGUGUUGGAUCAUUGAUGACUGAUUGUUAAAUGAUUGUUAAAUCACAAAAAAAACUCUAAAUAUACAUUAUUUUUC